AUGUCACAAGUCAACCAACUCGAUGCCUCCCUCAAUAAACACCUGGAUCGCCGCAAGGCCCGCGACAUGUUCCGCAGCCUGACCCUCGUCCCCCCCGGCACAGCAGACUUCUCCUCAAACGCAUACCUCUCCCUGUCUGCUCAGCCAUCAGUCAAACAAACGUUUUUGUCACGACUUCAAGACGCCGCACACGCCAACACCCCAUCUCUCCUCGGCUCAGGAGGCUCCCGUCUCCUCGAUGGAAACUCACCCAAGGCAGAAGCGCUCGAGAAAACUCUCGCCGCCUUUCACAGUGCCCCUGCUUCCCUACUCUUCAACUCAGCCAUGGACGCCAACGUGGGACUCUUCAGCUGUGUCACGCAGCCAGACGAUGUUGUCCUGUACGACGAGCUGGUUCACGCUAGUAUCCACGACGGGAUGCGUCUCAGCCGAGCUGCCGAAAAGUUAUCGUUUGCGCACAGCACAGUCUGGAGCACUGAGGAGACUGUGGAGCACGGAAAAGGGAAGCCCGAGUCGCUGGAAACGGUCUUGGUGGGCCUUCUCAGCAGACCAGGUGGGCAUCUCUUCAAGUCCGGGGAGAGAAACGUUUUUAUUUCCGUCGAGGGUGUCUACAGCAUGGAUGGGGAUGUUUGUCCCCUGAAAGACAUUACAAACUGUGUGGAACGUUGGCUGCCAAAAGGAAACGGACUUGUUAUCGUCGAUGAGGCUCACUCGUUAGGGGUUUUUGGGGAAAGAGGCCAAGGUCUAGUGUCCGAACUGGGCCUCGAGGAUCGAGUGUGGGCGAGGGUGAUGGGGUUUGGCAAAGCGAUGGGCUGUUCGGGCGGGCUCAUCUUGUGUUCUGACAUCACCCGAUCAUACUUGAUCAACUAUGCUCGCACGCUCAUCUACACGACUGCCAUGGCGCUUCCGUCUCUGAUCAGUAUCGAGGUCGCUUACGAAUUCAUGAUGAGCGGCGGAGCUGAGCCACUGGUUCAUCGCCUCAGAAACCUCGUCAAGAAUGCCCACUGCUUAUUGAUGGAGAUGUACGAGAGAUUGAAACCUCCAUCACAUUUACUUCGCGUCAGCUUGGUUGAGCCAAAAUCCUCCAUUAUCCCGGUAUUUACCGAUCAUCCACGCAGCCUAGCAGGUCACUGUCAACAGAACGGAUUCAUGGUGCGCCCUAUUGUCUCUCCAACGGUGCCCAAGGGAACAGAGAGGAUACGUCUAUGCCUUCACGCUGCCAACACUGUAGAUGAGGCUGUCGGGAUAGUGUCAGCAAUAGAAUCAUGGGUAGUUUCUCAGAUGAAUGUUUCAAAGUCGAGACUCUAG